AUGUUAUUAAUUUUAAAUUCUACUACUACUACUACUACUACUACUACUAUCACUACUACUACUACUACUACUACUAUCACUACUACUACUACUACUACUACUACUACUACUACUACUACUACUACUACUACUACUACUACUACUAUCACUACUACUACUACUACUAUUACUACUACUAUUACUACUAUUCAUGAUAAUUAA